AUGGUCUUGCUGCUGCUGGUCUCCACUGGGCAGCAACAAGGUGGCAGGAAGGCUUUUCUGAGUGCACUGCUCACCCACAGCUCCAUGUCACUGAUGGCCUGCUCAGAAAUAGCAGUGCCUCCUUUAGCUGCGAUAGUGGCUCACGCCUACAAUUACUUCUCUGGGAGGGAUCAUAUUGCUGACCGCACCCCAGGUGGAGACUCAGAGCUCUGUGGCCACAACUCUGCCGGCGCUGGUGAGGAGCCCCAGCAGGCAAGGGAGAGCGGAGCCAAUGAGCGCCGACCGGGGAGCCCGUCUCCAUUGGAUCGCUUUGCGCAAAAUCCACCCCUGCUCUCUCCUCCCUCCCCUGCAGCCUCUGUUCCCGCACACGCCCCCCUCUCCCCAACGCUCCUCUGUGGCUCCGCUAGGGCUGGUUUCUGUAGGAAAGAGCAGAAGCUGGGGCAGCUGCUCUUAGAGGAGGCGGCUGAGGCGCGUGGAACCCGAAAGGUCCGAGGGCUCCGGGCACCUGCGGCGCGGUCCCGGCCGGCCGUCAGCACCAUGGAGAGCGGCUUCGUGGCCGGGAACGCCAGCAACUGCACUGAUGCCUUCAAACACGCUUCAAGUUGCUCCCCAGCACCUAGUCCCGCUUCCUGGGUCAACUUCUCCCACUUAGAUGGCAACCGGUCAGACCCAUGCGGUCCGAACAGCACCGAGCUGGGUGGGAGCGACAGCCGGUGCCCCUCGACUGGCAGCCCUUCCAUGAUCACGGCUGUCACCAUUAUGGCGCUCUACUCCAUCGUGUGUGUGGUGGGUCUCUUUGGAAACUUCCUGGUCAUGUUUGUGAUUUUCAGAUACACCAAAAUGAAGACUGCCACCAACAUCUAUAUUUUCAAUCUUGCUCUGGCAGAUGCCUUAGCGACCAGUACCCUGCCCUUUCAGAGUGUCAAUUACCUGAUGGGAACAUGGCCCUUUGGAACCAUCCUCUGCAAGAUUGUGAUCUCCAUUGAUUACUACAAUAUGUUCACAAGCAUAUUCACCCUCUGCACCAUGAGUGUUGAUCGCUACAUUGCAGUCUGCCAUCCUGUCAAAGCCCUAGAUUUCCGCACUCCCCGCAAUGCCAAACUUGUCAAUAUCUGCAACUGGAUCCUCUCUUCAGCCAUUGGUCUGCCUGUAAUGUUCAUGGCAACAACAAAGUACAGGCACGGUUCCAUAGAUUGCACACUAACAUUCUCUCAUCCCACUUGGUACUGGGAAAACCUGCUGAAGAUCUGUGUUUUCAUCUUUGCCUUCAUCAUGCCGGUCCUCAUCAUUACCGUGUGUUACGGACUGAUGAUCUUACGGCUCAAGAGUGUCCGGAUGCUCUCUGGCUCCAAAGAAAAGGACAGGAACUUGAGAAGAAUCACCCGGAUGGUGCUGGUGGUCGUGGCGGUGUUCAUUGUCUGCUGGACGCCCAUCCACAUCUACGUCAUCAUUAAAGCCUUGAUCACCAUCCCAGAAACUACUUUCCAGACUGUUUCCUGGCACUUCUGCAUUGCUCUGGGUUACACAAACAGCUGCCUGAACCCAGUCCUUUAUGCAUUUCUGGAUGAAAACUUCAAGCGAUGCUUCAGAGAGUUCUGUAUCCCAACUUCGUCCACCAUUGAGCAACAAAACUCCACUCGAAUUCGCCAGAACACGAGAGACCACCCCUCCACGGCCAACACGGUGGACAGGACGAACCAUCAGGUACGCAGCUUCUAG